UGCUUUUCAACAGCCCUUCUCACAGGAAGUGUGAAUGCCCUAACAUCUAGCACGGUUGCAUUGCUGUAAAAUUCCACUGCAGACGUCGGAUUGAACAUACAUUGGGUUUCACUGGUUCGCUGCACGGAUAGCGCUGCUGUAAUCAGUUUGGUAUUUUGUAGGCUUCCUUUACUGGACCUUAGUUUUAAUUGUCUAUCUGGACUCUUGAAGAGGACGUUGUUCCAACAGUUAGACGAUAACAGAUAACAGGAUUCUUGGUGAAUAGGGCUUUAAACGUUUUUACUUUAAUAGAUCAGGUCAAAUCUAUGUGAGAUUAGCCUACAUCACAUUUAUUUGUCACCACUAAAGUUUUGAUAUUGAAAAGGACGUCUGGUUGCUCUGGUCUAGCUGUUUUUUUUUUUUUAAAUCUGAAUUCUGCAACAAAGAAAGUAACUGUAGUGUGGGCUAGCUACAGAUGUACUGUCAUGUUUUUAUUUGAAGAAAGAAUAGCUUCCACGAUGGAUCGGGACAGAGCUCGUCCGUCCCCCUCCACUCUGCCGGAGUCCCUGGGUCACAACUCUCCUGGUAGCGCCUUACUGCUGGGUCUGAAGAGGGUGUCUGUGAGGCUGGUCGACUGCAGGAAAACACCAGGGCAGAGUGGAGCUGUGAGAGAAGGACAUGAGGAGGGAGAUUUGAUUUCAUCACGUGACACCCCUAACUGUCGUUCUCUCAGUGGGAGGAGCUUAUCAUCUGGGGAGCCUCAACAACAUGUUACUGACGUGACAGAGAAGAGUCUCUCCAGAUCAGAACACCUCAAGAAACACCAGCAGAGAUGUAGAGGGAAGAAACCUCACCACUACUGCUCUGACUGUGGGAAGAGUUUCACUCGCAGGAGUGGCUUCAUUAUGCACCAGCGGAUUCACACCCGAGAGAAACCGUACUGCUGCUCUCAGUGUGGGAAGAGUUUCACCUGUGCAGGAAGUCUUAAAGUACACCAAAGAAUCCAUAAUGGAGAGAAGCCUUACAGCUGCCCAGAAUAUGGGAAGUGUUUUACUGCUUCUAACGCCUUCAAAUAUCAUCUGCGAAUUCAUACAGGGGAGCGGCCUUACCCCUGCCUUGAUUGUGGAAAGAGCUUCAACCAGUCAUGCAACCUGACGACACACAAGCUAACACACACUGGAGUGAAGCCUUAUAGCUGUGAUCAGUGUGGGAAGAGCUUCAAUCAGGCAGUCCACCUGACCACACACAAGCUAGCACACACUGGAGUGAAGCCUUACAGCUGUGAUCAGUGUGGAAAGCGCUUUGCUGUAGCUUCCACCCUGAAUAGACACCAGGUAACACACACAGGAGUUAAGCCUUAUAGCUGUGAUCACUGUGGGAAGAGCUUCUCUGUAGUUUCCUCCCUGAUUAGACACCAGGCAACACACACUGGAGAGAGAACUUUUGUCUGUCUAUGUGGGAAGAGCUUUGCUCUAGCUUCCACCCUGACUACACAUCAGCGAACACACACUGGAGAGAAACCUUAUAGCUGUGAUCAGUGUGGAAAGAGCUUUGCUGUAUCAGAAAAACUAACUAUACACCAGCGUGUACACACAGGAGAAAAGCCUUAUAGCUGUGAUCAGUGUGGGAAGAGCUUCAGGCAAUCAGUACACCUGAAUACACACCAGCGAACACACACAGGAGAGAAUCCUUAUAGCUGUGAUCAGUGUGGGAAGUGCUUCAGUCAAUCAGUACACCUGAAUUCACACCAGCGAACACACACAGGAGAGAAACCUUACAGCUGUGAGCAUUGUGGAAAGAGUUUCAGUCAAUCAGGGAGCCUAAAUUCACACCAGCGAACACACACCGGAGAGAAACCCUAUGUCUGUUUUUGUGGGAAGAGCUUUGCUCAUUUAGGGCCAAUGAAAAAACACCAGAAAGCAAAAAUGUGCCGUAUUUCAUCUUCCGGUCCGACACCGGUUCCAGAUCCCUAAAUAAAGGAUCAGUAGAAAACAUAUAUUGAACAGUCAUAUCCAUCUCUUUCUUGCUCUGCUUUCUUAACACUAUGAACAAGGCAGGUCCUACAGGCCCUAGUUUUGUCGCACCUUGACUACUGUUCAGUCGUGUGGUGAGAUGCCACUAAAAAGGACUUGGGAAAAUUGCAUUUGGCUCAGAACAGGGCAGCACGGCUGACCCUUAGAUGUACACAGAGAGAUCAUGUUAAUAAUAUGCAUAUCAAUCUCUCCUGGCUCAAAGUGGAGGAGAGAUUGACUUCCUCACUACUUGUAUUUAUGAGAGGUAUUAACAUGUUAAAUGCACUGAGCUGUCUGUUUGAACUACUGGCACACAGCUCGGACACCCAUGCAUACCCUACAAGACAUGCCACAGGAGGUCUCUUCACAGUCCGCAAGUCCAGAACAGACUAUGGGAAGCGCACAGUACUACAUAGAGCCAUGACUACAUAGAACUCUAUUCCACAUCAAAUAACUGAUGCAGUAAAAUUAGAUUUAAAAAGCAGAUUUAAGCAACACAAACACAGACACAUGCAUACAUGCACACACGAUAACAUACACAUGGAUUUGGUACUGUAGAUAUGAGGCAGUGGUGGAGUAGGGGCCUGAUGGCACACAGUACCAUAAUAUUGGCCUUUUUGAAUUUGUGUGUCUCGCACUCCAGGACUAUCCUACUCUGCCUGGUUGGCCUCUGUAGUUAGCGUCUGCAAGAGCAGAAAGAGUCUCUUAACAACAAGGAACUUUGGUCCCAAAUGAGAACCCAGCCGAGAAGAGAUCAACAUCCGACGAGCUUCUCCUUCACGUCUCUAUGGAUUAAAAUGACUAUUUUUUUAUUGUAAUUAUUUUUUUUAUUGUAUAAACUGCCUUAAUCUCAAUUGUCUCGAGGCUUAAAAAUCCCUUUUUAACCUGUCUCCUCCCCUUCAUCUACAUUGAUUUGAAGUGGCUUUAACAAGUGACAUCAAUAAGUGAUCACAUCUUUCACUUGGAUUCACCUGUUCAGUCUAUGUCAUGGAAAGAGCAGGGGAUCAUAAUGUUUUUUCCACUCAGUGUAUGUCCAUUAAUAUGUUAUUAAUAUAUAAAGUCAUAAAAAUGUUAAUUCCUCACUACAUGCAAAUAUGAACUGGCCAGCUAAAUUUUUUGGGAUGUCAGCAAAUCACAAUAUCCAGAAUUCAUAGCGAUUUCAGGACUUGGAGUACCGCCCUGUGAAGGUGUAUCCAGUUAAUGUGAGAAAAAUGUCUGUUUGUGGCCAUCACUUUCAACUAGAGGAUUUUGAAACAGAACUGAAUUCUCAACUCUUGGGGUUGCCAUGUCGUUGAACGUUGAAAAGUGAUUCUAUUCUAUCAAAUUAUUUUUUUCCUCUCUUUCAUCUCAAAGAUGAAGGCAUGCAGUCAGCUAACAUCAGCACAGCAGAAAAGAGGACAAUCUGAGGUAGCUAACGAACUACAUUUGUAUAUCUAAACCAAAAUCUAGCUAGCUUUCCUGAUACGCUGGCUAGACAUUCCAAAGCAUAUCAAUGUAAUUAGCCAUCUGUUAUCUCGCUUUGUGAUUUGUUAGUUUUUGAGCUCGUUAGGUAUUAGUAAGGAGGAGAUUAUCUGGGUGACUAACUGGUGUCUGUUGGGGGUGUGUAUCAGUGGAGGCUUCUCCGGAGGAAGGGGAGGACCAUCCUCAGUGAUUUUUCAGAAACAUUUAAAUUGUAAAACAUUGAAGUUAUCCUUUUUAAAUGAAACUAUACUAAAUAUAAUCACGUUACAAUGUAAUUGAUUAAAACAUCUCCGCAUGUGUAUUUCCCACUGUGACGCAUGGAGGAGGAGGUGUUAUGGUGUGGGGGUGCUGUGCUGGUGACACUGAUUUAUUUAGAAUUCAAGGCACACUUAACCAGCAUAGCUUGCAGUCAGUGUAACAGUAUAACUUAAACCGUCCCCUCGCCCAUAACCGGGCGCGAACCAGGGACCCUCUGCACACAUCAACAACAGUCACCCACGAAACAUCGUUACCCAUUGCUCUUGCAGAGCAAGGGGAACUACUACUUCAAGGUCUCAGAGUAAGUGACGUCACUGAUUGAAACGCUAUUUAGCACGAA